AUGUCUGGAAAUCCUCAAGAAUCUACCGUGGGGGCUUUUAUUGUAGUACAAUAUUCAACGGCUUUUGAUAGAAUGCCCCACCCGUUCGUACUUCUGAACGAAGAGAAUUACUUGUACAAGACUCGUACGAGGCAGUUCGGUAUCACGAAAAAGAGCUACAGCGGUUAUUUCAUUCUUGGCAAGCUCGUUCUGCGCCUUGUGAUGGAAUGA